AUAAUCAAGCGAAGAAAAAUCAAAGUGAAGCGCUUGAUUGCCGAUAAUGAACCAGGAGUUUUUUUGUUGGCAUUUUCAAUAUCAGUUAGUUUGCUUGAAUAUUCGGUGACCUAUCGUCUACUACAGCACAUACGAAACAGAAGAAGAUGGAGUCGGAAACAACUACAGAAAUAAUCACCGAACACAUAGUAUCAUUUGAUGAUAGCAUCAAUAGCACAAACAUAUCAGAGGAAUCAUCAUAUUAUCUAAAUACACCUUUUAAUCUGGUUAAUGUUUCGCGGGACUUGCCAUUCCGUUACGCUAUGCCUUUGUUUGGUUACAUCAUGCCGUUUUUGCUUCUAGUGACGAUCGUUGCCAACACCUUAAUAGUCGUGGUGUUAUCGCAGAGGCACAUGAGGACACCGACUAAUUUAGUACUCUUGGCCAUGGCAAUUUCCGAUAUGUUAACACUGUUAUUUCCUGCACCUUGGUAUUUUUACAUGUAUACACUAGGAAAUCACGCAAAGGUUCUAUAUCCACCAUCUGCCUGUUACGCUUAUCAUUGCAUGAUUGAAAUUUUACCCAGUUUCUUUCAUACGGCUUCUAUAUGGUUAACGUUAUUGUUGGCUGUACAAAGAUAUAUUUACGUAUGUCAUCCGACUACGGCUCGUACUUGGUGCCAAGUGCCCAAAGUUCUAAGAGCCAUGGUUUGGGUGUUUAUAUUUUCUCUGUUUCAUCAAUCAACUCGCUUCUUCGAUAGAGAAUACUGUUCCAUAAAAUUCCCCGUAAAUGGUGAAUUUCAUUGGCGGUGCGGCUUUCAAACGGCGCGAUGGGUGAGAGAAUUUGUUACAGAAAAUGCAUAUUUUACGUUUUAUUACGGUUUUCGCAUAGUGUUUGUACACAUUGGUCCCUGUACAGCUUUGGUCGUCCUCAACGUGCUUCUAUUGAAAGCCCUUAAAGAAGCGCAGAGAAAACGUGAAAGAUUGUUCAACGAGAAUCGUAAAAGCGAAUGUAAGAAAUUAAGAGAUAGUAAUUGUACUACUUUAAUGUUAAUUGUCGUAGUGACUGUGUUUUUGGCAGUCGAGAUACCGUUAGCAGUCACUACGCUGUUGCAUGUCAUGCAGAAUGCCCUCGAUUUAAACAUUGCGGAUUACAAUGAUUUGAACGCAACCAUUUUGUUUACAAAUUUUUUCAUCAUGNUGAGAGCUGUCAUACACAGUUGGCAAGAAAAUAUACAGAAGCGUUCUGUCUGUUGGUGA